AUGUUUUCGCAAAGUGGAAAACAGCAUCAACCUCUGCCAGAAUCGCGACAGCAACUGCAGUCCAGCACCUUGCAAAGGACUAAACACGCCUUUCUCUAUGCUGUGGCAGGCAAAGGCUGGCUCAGGUCGGCGGUGGAUCGUGCAAUCUUGUUGUGCACUUCGCACUUUGACGAGGAAAAGGGCGCCGUGCUUGCCACGGACGCUGCGGAUGAUGGAGAAACCCUGCCAGAUGUUGAGAUCAUGGUGGUCCCAGUCGGAUCCUUGCCGGAGCUGUAUCCCGGCAAAUCCAUGUUUACGCUUCAGACGUGCUUGAUUCAGCCCGAGUCGACAGGCACCAUUGAGAUUACAAGCCCCGAUCCCGGGGUAGACGCCAGGAUCCAGCUCAAUAUUUUGUCAGAUCCGAGCGAUUGGCAAGUGGCACGGAAAGCCUGCCGCUUUGCACUCGCCUUGGCUGAGCACUUUAUUUACCAGUCCGGAUAUCCCUCCGAGGCUCGAGUGUUUGCGGGCCCGGGCAGUGUUGGCGCCCGGGAGUGGAAAGAAGGGGACUGGCGUGUCGUCUCGGAUCAAGAGAUUGACACAUACAUUGGAAUGUACGUUGGCUGUGGCUUCCAUCUCACUAGCUCGUGUCCCAUGGGGAGGGAAGAGGACGAGGGGGUUGUUGACAGCCAACUGCGUGUCCAUGGCUUCAAGAACCUGAGAAUCGCGGAUGCGAGUGUCCUACCUUGUGUUCCCCCGGGACACCUCAUGGCGCCUACGUACAUGAUAUCUGAGAGAUGUGCUGAUUUUAUUAAGCAUGGACGGAACUGA